CAUCGACGUCGAUUCUAGUUGCGUGCUUGCUCACUUACUCCCCUCAAUACUAUAAUAUUCACCUUGCUACUCAAACUGUGCACCUGUUCCCUCCACACCUCCUCUAUUGUAUCUCCGCCCACGCCGCUAACAUGUAUGCUGCGCUCACAUGCCAUCCUCCACUGGGACAGACUACGACAAUACCUUUCGACAGAAAGGCAGUCAAAUUCACCGUAUUGAUUGAAAGCUCGGCUGGAUCAGAGAAGACGUGGGAAGCUGCAUUGUGGCAUAACUUCGAUGACCAGGAGAAGUGGACCAGUCUGAAUCUCAGGCCAGCACAGGAGCCGUCCCUUACAGUCGUCAAAGCUAGUCGGAAUAACGUCCGACGCCAGUUCUUCACGAUCGAGCUGCCUGGGCGCCCGAAACACGGUGGUUCAUUGUCCUAUACCAUCACGUUCCGAGCUGGCGAUAACGAACCUUGGAAAUGGGCUAACGAGCAGUUGCCCACUACGGACGGACGCCUGAUCUACCAAUCGCAAGAUACAUUGAGCGAUGACUUGGCACAUUACAUCAACGCGUUGCCUCCAUAUCUACAAAUUGGGAAAGAGCCAAGUGACUCUCCGGAGACGUUGUUGUGGUCUAUCACCAGUCCUGUCAAAGCCGCCUCUGGAACUACUUCAGGCUACUCGAGCAACAGCCUGGGCAGGCCCUUGGAUUUUGCGCGUUGGUUCGCAUUGGUGCGUCUGUGGAGCCCUUGGUUGGCCCCAAGACAGGGCAAGGAUCGCUUUCAACCCGACAAAGAAGCUAUCCUUGCAACGUUCGAACGUGAAGAUGGCUCACAUUUGGUUGUCCUAGCGGUCAGUGGGGUAGACGAUGUGUUGACAACCUUGGGUCAUGAUGGCGAGGGGCGGAUCGUUAUCCACUCCCGUAACGACAGCGGGGAAGACGGCAUUUCGCGAUUAGUCGCUGCCGUGGGCAAGGACUUGAAUCAUGCAAUAGCAGCGGUGAUGUACCACGCAAGAAAGCUGGUCAUGAAAUACAGUGUAGGAACUGAAGAGGCGGAAGCUGAGUUCAAGGCGCUGGCAAACGACUUCAAGCCAGAGUGGCUGGAGAACUGGUAUGACGGACUUUCGUAUUGCACAUGGAACGGCAUUGGACAGCACCUCACUGAGCAAAAGCUCUUUGACGCCUUGGAGUCGUUGGCUAAGAAUGAGAUUAAUAUCAGCAACCUCAUUAUUGACGAUAACUGGCAGUCUUUGAAUCAUGAAGGCGGUGAUCAGUUCAAGAACGCAUGGGUCGAGUUCGAAGCGACUAAGAAUGGGUUCCCGCGCGGCCUCAAGGCGACAGUCGGCGAAAUCCGCAGCAAGUACAAGAACAUCAAGCACAUCGCAGUAUGGCAUGCACUCUUCGGUUACUGGGGCGGUAUUGCACCUGAAGGCAAGAUUGCGAAAGAAUACAAAACCACCGUGGUUCAGAAAAAGGAUGGAGUAUCAGGAGGGAAAUUUACUGUGGUUGCCGAAGAGGACGUCGACCGCUUUUACAAAGACUUCUACCAGUUCCUCAGUUCAGCUGGUAUCGACUCGGUCAAAACUGACGCUCAGUUCUUCCUCGAUGAACUGGACGAUGCUACGGAUCGCCGGAGUCUGAUCAGGUCAUACCAAGAUGCUUGGAACAUCGCACAGCUGCGCUACUUCUCUGCUAGGGCCAUCUCGUGCAUGUCGCAAUCACCCCAGAUGGUCUUUCACUCACAGCUUCCCUCCAACAAGCCACGCAUACUGCUACGCAACUCAGACGACUUCUUCCCAGAAGUCCCUGCUUCUCACCCCUGGCAUAUCUUCUGCAACGCGCAUAACGCUAUUCUCAAUCAGUAUCUUAACAUCCUCCCUGACUGGGACAUGUUCCAGACGUCUCACGAUUAUGCCUCAUUUCACGCCGCCGGACGUUGUGUGUCAGGUGGACCAAUAUACAUCACUGAUGUACCUGGGCAACACGAUAUCAACCUGAUCGGUCAGAUGGCGGGAAACACUCCUCGCGAUGAUACGGUUAUCCUUCGCCCUCACACAGUCGGCAAGAGCACAUCGGCCUACAAUUCCUACGAUGACCCUGUUUUGCUGAAGGUUGCGACCUACGUUGGGAUGGCCCACAGUGGCGUCAGUAUACUGGGCAUAUUCAACUGCACACAGCGACCCCUUUCCGAAUUGAUUGGGCUGGACUCGUUCCCCGGUGCCGAGAAGGGCACAUAUAUCAUCAGAAGUCAUACCAGCGGUCAAGUCAGUAAACCUACCAGCAGCGAAAGUAACGAUUCUUUUGUUCACUUGGAGCUACCAACUCGAGGAUGGGAGAUACUUUCUGCCUUCCCGCUACAGUCCUUCAAGUUGAAGCGCAGCCACGAGGUGAAGGGCCCAGACGAAGUGCAAGUAGCAAACUUGGGUGUCUUAGGCAAGAUGACCGGAGCUGCUGCAAUUGUGAACACAGAUAGCUACGUUGACCGAUCAUCAGGCCGGCUGCGAAUCUGGACGUCUCUGAAGGUGCUGGGCACAUACGGCCUUUACAUCUCCGGACUCAAGCACCGCAAUCUGGACGACGACAUUAUGGCUUUGAUCUUUGGACGACCUAUCGCAAAGCAUUGUGUCAAGGUCAGCGAAAAAUGUGGGGAUGUGCUCGAAAUAGACACAACAAGAGCAUGGAAAGAAAGUGACUCGAAGGCUUCUUGGAGUAACGAAGUGGCCGUGGAAGUUGUCAUUCGAUGAACAAUGAGCCCGCAAUGUUUCUUUGUGCAUACACCAUUGUCAUCGACAUUGUUUCUCGGGUGUUCAUUUCUUGUCUUCUCUGUUCUCCCUUUUCUUUGACGCCGGCGUUUCUACAAAGAACGUCUUCUCCGAACAAACAAUGCGCUUG